ACAACCUCAGUGUAACUUACCGUCGCGAGGAGAGGAGUGUGCGGAGGGUGCUGAGAUUUAGCUAAACGUAGAGGAAAGUUUUAGAAAGAGCGUUUAAACCGUUUUCUCAGUUCUUUCUGUCCGAGUGAAUUUCUUUUGAUCUUUUUCACUUUUCUCCCAAGUGGUCCAACUUUUUUUUCACUUGCUCUUUUUUGUUCUUUGGUUGUGAAGAUGAGGAAUUUGUGGUUUUUCUUCUUCGUCGGGCUCGCGACUGGAUUCAUCAGGGAAAAGGUCUUUGUCUCGUCUCUGUCCCCCACUGCAGAUGACCUGUAUAUAGAAGGCCUAGCAUCAGGGGACUCCCCUGUAGAUGAUGAAGGUGACGAUGACGGAUCAGGCUCAGGAUCUGGAGACUAUGCUUUCAGUGAUGAAGAACAACAGAUCACAGGGCUCUUAAACUUCACCUGGACCGCCUUAGAAGAAAAUCUGCCAGUUCAACCACAGCCAACAGACUCCGCCCACAAACCAGCAACCACAGAGGCAGGCAGGCAGGACUCGACACCAUCAGCAGAGGAACAGGACAACUCUUUCCCUUGGGAUGGAAGGGAUGAAGAUGAUCUGAUUCCAGUAACGGACACAACCGUGCCCACCGCUACUGAAACGCCUUUCAUCGACGCAACUGAAUACCUCCCCAAGUCUAAAAAUGUUGAGGAGGAAAUCCAGAACAGGGUGGAUAAUGGAAAAAGUUCUGCUGAAGGAGAACGACAUGGGCGAAAGUUUAAAGUGGACUCUGCGAAGGAGGUGACCUCUGAGAACUUGUGGGAAAGGACCGACGUGCUUGCUGCUGUGAUUGCAUGUGGAGUGGUUGGAUUCCUCUGUGCCGUUUUCCUGCUCCUCCUCCUCGCCUACCGCAUGAAGAAGAAGGAUGAAGGAAGUUACGAUCUAGGAGACAUCAAACUCUCUGCCACAGCGUAUCACAAAGCACCAACCAAGGAGUUUUAUGCCUGAAGUGAGACGGGCCCAAUCUGAGGUGGAGUCCUGCCAAUCAGGACGGAAGCGAAUCCAUCUACCAGCAGCUGACGACGACUCAUUUAGAUGAAGUUUUGAACUCUCUGCUCUCUCCAGCACACCAUCUGGUUUUUACUGUCCCAUCCCUUCCACCUCUGCCAUCGUUUGAUGCUUUUCUUUACUCAAUGUCUCUUUCUCUGCAGAAAAACUCAUUAGGACACAAACAUAUUUGUCUUUUCUCAUCUAAGAAGGACUUUGGUAUAAAAAUGUCACUUUACAUUUUAUGAAAGGAAUCUUUUCUUUAUCUCGAUGGAUCUCAGCUGCUCCAACGUCAACUUUAAACCUCUGAUAACACUGUGCCUUUAGAUCCUCUGUAAGUUGGACCACGCUGUAAUCCACUGUUGCUUUUAAAGGACCUACAGCUGAAGCCGUGCAGCUCCGCUUUACAGCACAACGCGAAGGACCGAAUUAAGAAAGACAGAUUCAAUGUCUUUCAUUUGUUGUUUGCUUUUACAUUGAAAUGGUACCACAUAUGCAAAUAGUAUUACAAAGGGCCUUCAGAUCUGUCCCCCUUUUUCUUUUGAGGUCAUGUGUUUAACAGCUGUGUGUGUUAUGUAUCAUAUUCUUCAUUCUUCCUUAUUGAAAUGAAUAUUUUUGUUAUGAUACUGAAUAUGUCUUCAUAUGCUGUCCAGUAUUGCUUUGAGAGAUUUUGUUACUCUGCCGGUACAAACGUGUGUAUUCCUACAGAUAUCUGACACUUAAAGGAACGACCAAAUAUAAAAGUGCUUUACUUGUCUUAUGAAAGUAAUUUUAGUAGAUUUAAAAAGUGUUUUAUUGUGUUAAGAAGAUAUGUAAGCUGAGCUCAAAGAGAUUUCUGUUCUAUUGUUCCAGAGUAAAAAGACCCUCAGGUAUGCACCUCUGGAACAUUUGUAAUACCUUUAGGGAUUAUUUUACUUGGUGACUUUGUUCUGCAGGCAUGAUGGGAGACAGUUAAGCCACAACUAAUAACUAUAAUUCAGAACCCAGAGAAGUGGCCAAAGUGUCUGCAGACAGCCAAAUCACAUUCCUCCCUCACCGUCCCUUCCAUGGUGGUUUCAGUGAGGAGACGGUGUCGGCGUUUCAAGUUUUAGAUUUCAAACACUAAAGCAGGUUAGAGAAUAUAACAUGCAGUUAGUAUUAAAGGAGAUAUAUAUUAUUUCUUUUUCAUCAGCAAAUAUAUAUGUAAAUAGUCGUUUCAUAGCAAAUUCUCAGAUUACCUCAUAUAGCCAAAGAAGGAUGUAGAAGCUGCAGUUGGAGUCAACCGCCACGACAAAAGGGUGGUGGUGUUCUACGCUCUGCUGCUGAAGCUGUUUUUGUAUAAAAGUAAAAAAUCUCCUGUAUGGAUUUUUAGCCACCUGCUUCUAAAGCAUCAGGAUGGUGUCACAGCUGCCUUUUAUUGAUGCAGAUGUUUUAAAUGCGUCAUGUUGCCAUGUUUCAAACCAGUGUUUAGUCAACAGCAUGACUCAGAUUUGUGGCUUUGCAGUCGAAGCGGGCAUGCGUUCAGCUUCAGAUCUACAAAGUGAGUCCGAUUUCAGGUCAUUUGAAAGUCUGCAUACAUGUCACUUUGAUCUCUGCAUUUGGAUUUUGCGUGACUGUCGGCUAUGUUUGAGUCAAAGGUCAUUGUCUUUCUUGUGUUGCUAAAAUUGUUUGUCAGUGCUUUUAUCUGUUUUUUGAAGCAACACUUUGAAAACUUUUCCAAUGCAAACUACCUAUUCACCAUGGCUGGAAUAAACAGGAAGUUGUGGUCAUCGA